AUGCGCAUAUCUAGCUCCGGCCCUGACCCGCAACCCCCAAGCAGCAGCUGCAGCAACAGCAGCAGCAACGGUUGCAGCAGGAGCGCCUACAGCAGCAGCAGCAGCAGUAGCAGCAGCAGCAGCAGGCCCUUCGAGUGCAGCAGCUGCGGCAGGUCUGCGGUGUCUUUGCUGCUGCUCUGCGGGGUCCCCGGCAGCGGCAAAUCGUCGCUAGCUAGGCAGCUUGCAGCAGCUGCUGCAGCAGCUGCUGCAGCAGCUAGCUUUAACAGUGAGGGGAGGAGACGAUCCCAAGAGGGAGCAGUUGCAGCAGCAGCAGCAGAGCCUGCUGCCGCUGCUGCUGCUGCUGUUGCUGCGCUAGCAGAAGCAGUGAAUGUGGCCUGCAAGAGGCGGGCAUCGCAAAGGUGCUGCUGCUGCAGCAGCGCCUGCUGCUGCUGCUGCAGUGCUGCAGCGCCGCAGCAGCAAACCGAUCCCACUGAACACGAUCCCAGAGUAGCAGCAGAGGCGCCCCCCAAAAGCCGAAAAGAAAAAACCCCACAAACUGCUGCUGCAGGGGGCCCCCGCGAAGCAGCAGCAGCAGCUCUGAGGCUCCGAGACGAUCCCAAGGGAGACGAUCCCAGAGACUAUUUUAAAGACGAUCCCAGAGACGAUCCCAAAAGAGACGACCCCACAGACGAUCCCAGAGACGAUCCCAGAGACGAUCCCAGACACGAUCCCAUCGAUCCCAGCUGCUGCCGGCGUUUGGAGGUGGUUUGGCUGGAAGUGGAUGCCUUAGAAACAGCAGCAGCAGCAGCAGCAGCAGCAGCAGCAGAGCCGCAGCAGGUGUGGGGCCCCACAGCGGGAUCGAUGGGAUCGGUGGGAUCGAUGGGAUCG